UGAUGUCCCAAAAAGGAGUACAAACUUCCAAGCCUAAUAUGAUAUCUGUUGUUUGUUUUGCUUGCAUUAGAAAUAAUCUAAAUUUUUGGGAUGUUGAAGAUGGCUCCUAUUUCUCUGUUUGUUCUGGAAAAAAAUUUGCUGUCCCCAAUUUCCUAUCCCUUCUGUGUCCCACCAAUUAGUUUAAGACACCUCAUUUAUUUAUUUAAUAUAUAUUUAAAUUAUUUACAACUUUCUUUUUUUCCAAUUAUAUUAAUACUAUAAAUAAAUGAUGUUUCUUACAAUAAUUGGUGGGACAUGGAGGAGAUAGAAUAUUGGCGACAGCAAAUUUCUUUUCGUUUGUUCUCUUCUUUCUCAUCACUCGUUCUGUGCUUCCAAGCUCCGGUCAUGAAGAGAUUGAGUUCCCUUUUAAUAACAAUACGACGAACACUGAAUGUGGGGUGCUCAGAUGGAAAUGUUCAGAAGAUGGACGGAGGAUGAUCCAAUUGAAACCAAAAGGGCACUGGUAUAGAAUUGAGAACGUCAUCUCUCAGCCACAUUCUAUAGUUUCUAUUGUCGUCAAGGACAAAGCAGAGCCCAAAGAUUUACUCUAUCCUUGUAAAUUGAUGAAUGAAUACUCCCUUCCCAGCCCUACUGAUGAUUCAUCGCAUUUCUCUUCCUAUAACUAUACAGCUGAGAGCUCAUCAACGCUCUACAAAUGCAGCCACAAGCUUGGCGCUACCAGGAAAGAUCUUUACCCAACUGAAUGCGGAGACUAUGAUUUCUACAGCAAUCCUCCUGGAAACACGAGUAUCCCAUACGAGCAACAAUGUCAAAAUAUCACGCUUCCAUUUUCUCUUCCACCUCUGUCUCAUCAUCCAGAUCCUCCACUUUCUAUUAUUUUCACUUUUCGGUUGAAUAUAAGUCUCGAUUGUUUUGGUUGUGACGUGGGAGGAGGGGAAUGCCACAACACUACUCCCGAAAAUCAAUUUCAGUGUACUUUUCCCCAUCAAAAAGGACUAAGCAAGAAACAAAAGUUGGGACUAGAACUAGCAGUUGCUUUUGGUGGAAUUGGGACACUUGUGGUUAUGUUGAUCUACUGCUUUAGGAAGAAACAUAAUCAUGCUCAUCAAAGUACUGAGGCGUUCCUAAAGAAUUAUGGUCCCCUUCAAAUUAGAAGAUACAGUUAUUCGAAUAUUAAGAAAAUGACAAACUCAUUCAAAGAAAAACUAGGCCAAGGAGGCUUUGGUAGUGUUUACAAAGGAAAAUUACAUGAUGGACAUCUUGUUGCAGUGAAGAUGUUAAACGAAUUGAAAGCCAAUGAUGGAGGAGACUUUAUUAAUGAGGUCGCAACAAUCAGCAGAACUUCCCAUGUCAACGUUGUCAGAUUGUUAGGAUUUUGUUUUGAAGGUGCUAAAAAGGCUCUCAUCUAUGAGUUCAUGCCUAAUGGUUCUCUAGAAAAAUUUGUAUACAAUGAAAAUAAAACUGAAGAAAGUUAUCAAUUGGAUUGGGAAACAUACUAUCAAAUUUCACUUGGCACUGCUAGAGGACUAGAGUAUUUGCAUCGAGGUUGCAACAGACGGAUUUUACAUUUUCACAUUAAACCUCAUAACAUUCUUCUUGAUACAGACUUUGUGCCCAAAAUAUCAGAUUUUGGCCUAGCCAAAAUUUGCACAAGGAAAGAUAGUCUAGUUUCAAUGUUGGGUCCAAGAGGUACUGUUGGGUAUAUUGCUCCAGAAGUUUUCUCUAGAAACUUUGGAGGGGUUUCCCACAAGUCUGAUGUCUAUAGUUAUGGAAUGAUGGUUCUAGAAAUGGUGGGAGGAAGAAAAAAUGUCAAUAUUAGAGUUGAUAACAGCAGUGAAUUAUAUUUUCCGCAAUGGAUCUACAAGCGCCUUGAACUUAAAGAACUAGGACUCAAGAGAAUUAUAAGUGAAGAAGACAAUGCAAAAUCGAGGAAGAUGAUUAUGACGAGCUUAUGGUGCAUACAGACUAAUCCCUCAAGUCGACCAACAAUGAGUAGAGUCAUAGAAAUGUUGGAAGGUAGCCUUGCCUCCUUAAAAAUACCACCUAAGCCUUUCUUGUCCUCCCCACCAAGAUCACCACCAUCAGAGUCUUCUAACAUACUUAUAUGAGUAAAACAUUUCAAACAUAUUUGGAUUGUAUACAAAUAAUGUAUGAAUUGAAGAACUUUAAAUUUAAAGAGCAAACUCCCUAGCAUAGUUAUUCGGGAAAAUUUCAAUUUUUUCUCCAAGUGUUUUUAUUUGGGCCAAAAUGUUAUAGUUUAUUGUUUUUUAUUUAGCUAUAUCACAUGUCC